GCAGUUUAUCGAUCCGCGGACUGAUACGCUGUUUCUUUCACGACUGGAGCUGUCCGUGGUGCCGAAACAUGAACCAAAGCGCAGGAGCCGCGCAGCACAGUCGGCGCUACUCAAGUGAAGAAAAGGACACAGGACCUAUUGGAUCAGAUAAAAACUGGAAGGGCAUUGGCAUCUCCCUGCUGGUUAUUGUGGCGGUGCUCUCUCUCAUUGGUCUGUCCAUUGUUCUGCUGUCAAAAGAUGAUGGUGGUAAACCCUUUGGUUCACAGUUGACACUGGAUGAUCUCUUUCAAAGAAACUUCCAAAUACAUGAUCCUGAUGCAAAGUGGAUCAGUGAUGAGGAGAUCAUCUUUCGGAGUUGGGAUGGAGACAUUAUGAAAGUCAACACUCACAGCAACGAGACAGAACUCCUGCUGAAAAACACAACAUUUGCAACUUUUAAGGCCUCAAAGUUUGCAGUUUCUCCAGAUCUGAACUUUGUUCUUUUGGGAUAUGAUGUCAAGCAGGUCUACCAGCACUCUUUCUUGGCAUCAUACCUGAUCUACAACUUGUACACACGAGAGGUACGGGAGCUCAACCCUCCAGAGGUGUCAGAUUCAGUCCUCCAGUUUGCCUCGUGGGGAGUUCACGGUCAGCAGCUGAUAUAUAUAUUUGAAAACAACAUUUACUACCAAACUGAUGUUCAGAGCAGCUCGUGGAGGCUCACGUCUUCUGGACAGGAGGAGAUCAUCUUCAACGGCAUCACAGACUGGCUGUACGAGGAGGAGGUGUUGCACACACAGGCGGCUCACUGGUGGUCCCCUGACAGCUCCAGACUGGCGUACCUCACCAUCAAUGAUUCCCUGGUUCCUAACAUGCUCCUGCCCCGCUUCACGGGCUCUCUCUAUCCCAGGGGGAAGGAGUACCCUUAUCCAAAGAUGGGACGGAUCAAUCCCACUGUCCGGCUCUAUGUCGUCACUUUAGAUGGCAGCUCCCUCACAACUGAGCUGAGACCUCCUGACAGUUUUGAAAAGAGUGAGUACUACAUCACCAUGGUGAAAUGGGAGACUCAGGACAGGCUGAGUGUGCGUUGGGUGAAUCGAGCUCAGAACAUGUCGAUACUUUCACUGUGUGGUGUCACAACAGGUGACUGCACCAAGAAACACGUGAUGACUUCAGAGAAGUGGCUCGACCGUCAGAAUGAGGAGUCAGUAUUUUCCAAGGAUUGCACAACAUUCUUCAUCACGAUGCCCUUAAAACACGGUGGUCGUGGGACAUUCAACCACAUCACCAUGAUCUCUAACCAGUCUGAGGGCCAAGAGAUCAACCUCCGCCACCUGACCUCGGGAAGCUGGGAAGUCUCUCAAAUUCUGGCUUAUGACGAAAGCGCAAACUCAGUUUAUUUUAUGAGUACAGAGGAAGGCUCAACACAACGGCAAUUAUACAGAGUCUCCACUGUGGAUCCAUUUCAUAAAGAGUGCCUCACCUGCUCUCUCUUCAAUCCAAAGUGCACCUUCUACGACGCCGUCCUCAGCCCAAACUAUCAACAGGUUCUUCUCAACUGCAGAGGUCCUGGAAUACCCCAAACUACUCUUCACAGACUAAGUGAUAUGAACAACCACAAGACUGUGGAGGUGAACACAGUGUUAAGACAUGCGCUGAUCAACAGGACAAUGCCCAAGUGGGAAAGAAGAAUUGUACAAAUCAACAACUUUGCACUUCGUCUGGAGUUAAUUGUCCCAAUAGCUUUGGAUGAAACGAAGGAGCACCCACUUCUACUGAUUAUUGACAGCACCCCUGGUGGUCAGGCUGUGAGCAACCGCUUCUCUCUCAGCUGGGACUCUGUGCUGGUCAGCUCAGACAGCGUCAUCGUGGCUCGUCUGGACGGCCGGGGCAGCGGCUUCCAGGGUCAGAAGAUCCUGCACGAGGUUCACCAGAGACUGGGAACUGUUGAUGUUCAGGACCAGAUCACAGCCAUGGAGCACCUGGUCAGACUCCCAUACAUCGAUGGUAACAGAGUUGGAGUUUAUGGAAAGGCGUAUGGAGGAUUUCUGUCCUCUCUCCUGCUCCUCUCCUACAGCUCCAUGUUCCAGUGUGGCAUCGCUGUCGCUCCCAUAACAAACUGGAGACUCUAUGGGUCGGCCUACUCUGAGAAAUACUUUGGCUUCCCAGCAAAAGAGGAUCACAAAUACCAAAUUUCCAGUCUACUCAGUAACAUCACAUCACCAAGUUUUCGUAUUAUCCAUGGCACAGCAGAUGCCACCGUUCAUUUCCAGCAUUCUGCUGAGUUGGUCAAACUACUGUCAGCGUCAAAUGUUAACUACACUCUCCAGAUUUUCCCAGAUGAAGGACACAAUAUGGCCUCCACCAGGAGCCAACACUACAUGCUGAACUCAGUGCUCACCUUCUUUAAGCGCUGCUUUGAGGAGAAUCAGGUCGACGUCCCUGAGACAUCCAAAGACCAUGACUAGCCUGUAGAACGUCCCGCCAUGAGACAGUUUUAUGAGGAGUGUAGCAACUGUUUCCAUGAGCCAACAAAGAGAGGCCGUGUUUUCCUGAAGGGCUGCUGUCUGUAAAAGGAUUAAUAUGUAAGAUACGUAGCAUUACAUUAGCUCGGACCAGCGUGAUGAUUUCAGGGUUGUAAUGAUUAAGUUAUGGAAUUGAAAAGAUGGUUGGAUUGUCACUGUAUUCUAAUGCUUCAGAUUAUACUUUUUGUUUGUAAUGUUUGUAUCAUGUACUGAGUACAAAUGUCAGGGAAUCAAAGAAACUUGUAUUUUUCCAUUUUAGAGUAGGCUAUACUUUUUGCUGACUGCUGUAUUCUACUGUGAAUAUUUUUAUUUAGUGCAAACAAAACAGCUUAACUUCACUUUUGAGAUUAUAUCACAAAACAAUAUCUGCGGGUGCCUUUACCUCAUUACAGUCGUCACAAUGUUCCCAUCAUGUCUAAUUAAAUAAAGAAGAUUAAACAUUGUCAGCACUGAGGAUUAACAGAGGAUCUGCUUCUGUAGUAGUGAUUGAUUGAUUCCUCACCAAAAAACUAUUGCCAUAUGGUGGUUUUAAUCACAUUCAGGUAACCAUUAUGUUAAAGUUUUGCUCCAUUGGGACUGGAUUUAUUUCUCUAGGGUGGGGUGCGUGAUUUUAACGAUUCAAUUUCCAUAAGUAAAGAAAAAUGCGUGUAUCCGUCCAUGCCAUGACCGUUCACAAAGUUUAAUGAAAAUCGGGCAAUUCGUUUUUCUGUAAUCCUGCUGACAAACAAACGAACACACCAACAAACCCGGUGGCUUUCAUUGCCUCCAAAUGUGCUGUUGUAACGUCAGCUAGACGGACUGGUGUUUUUCUUUUGAGCCCUGUUGUUUUUUAGCCAAUGUUUGUUUAUAAUUUGGCAAAUUGGCAAUUAGAUGUAUGUUGAUUUAGCUAUUAGCAGUUCCUUUUUGCAAUGUACCCAUGGAUGUACAGAUAACUAUCACUGGAUUAUUUUUGAUACAGAAGAAAGCGUCACUGACAGGUUCUGAAGCGCCUUUUUUCUGUGAUUUCUAAGCAGGCAUUUAUUCCCAGUGGACAGUGAGUUGUGAUUCUGAGUACAUCUUUUGACUUAAAUUCCCCUCACGCAGUAUAUUUGCCUCCCCUUCUAGUCUCCCGGGCUUUUGAAUUUCUCCUUGUCCUGCUUAAUGUCCAUGUCUAUUAAGUAUAUUAAAGAAUAUUAGCCUUUAUGGAUGUACGAUCAGAAACUCCAUUGCAGUAAUACUGAUUUCAAGAAUAAGUCCAUGCAAAGACAGAUGCUUUAUUCACAGUAACACUUUCUUUUGAUUGUUUUUGACCGACUGGAUUCUAAAAUGUUUUAUAUCCCAAAAUGUGAAAAAUGUAAAAGAAGAAAGGUAACUCAUAAUAAUACCAGUGUUUUCUGUGCUUCAACCAUAUCCAGACUCCUGUAAUACUUAUGAUCACCAUAGCUUUCAUUGAAUAGGAUGUAGCGACCCAGAUCAUCUCCUGACCACGAUCCUGUGCUGCUUACACUUCUGCACUUGCUUGUUUCUGUCAUACUGACAUUUGUACACUUGGGAAAAUGUAUAUGCUGAAAUAAAUUGAGACAGCGUUGCA